UUCCAUUGUCCACACCCAGGCUGCGAGCAGUCCUUCACCCGCCGAUACAACCUCAAGACACACUUCCUGGCCUCGCACAUUGGCGAGCGCAACUUUGUGUGCCCGAUCUGCGACGUUGGGUUUGCGCGAAAGUACGAUCUGAUCCGCCACGGGUCGCUC